AUGGCUAGCUCCGCCACUGAUCCGGUUGUCUCUCUUCUUGGGUUGGUGAUGAUUGCUGCACUUGGAUUGGCGUUAGCUGUGACAAUAGCACAAGACAUGUCAUCAAGCUUGAACUCAAAAAUCCAUUUUCGGUACCUCAAUUUGGGAGAUGUAAAUCUUAAGAAUGUUCCGGAUUGGCUUGAUGCACUGCAACUAUUUAUUGGAAAGAUACCAAGCUCAUUCGCCAACCUUUGCAAGUUGCAAACAUUAAAUAUGCAAUACAGCAAUAUAAGUGGGGAGGUAACUGAGUUUGUGGAAGGCUUGUCUCAAUGUCCCAACAGUAGCCCUGAGUAUCUGGACUUGAGUACAAAUGUGUUGCUUGGGGGGAACUUGCCUCAUUCAUUAAGAAGACUCAAGAAGUUGAAGACUAUUUACCUCUCUCAAAACUCUGUUUCGGGUUCAAUUCCAGAUUCUAUUGGAAACUUGCUGUCAUUGCAAACAGUUGACCUCUCGAGUUUUCAAAUGAAAGGAAUCAUUCCAAAAAGCAUUGGGAAACUAUCAAUGCUUGUUUUGUUGAAACUUCUUCAAAAGUCAUGGGAAGCAUGGAUAGGAGAAAGUUUUUCAACUUUGUUGAGGUUAAGCCUAAGGUCUAACUUGUUCCACGGGCACAUACCACAACAAUUAUGUCUUCUUUCAAGUCUUGAGAUCAUGGACCUUGCAGAUAAUGAUUUUUCUGGAGCAAUCGCUCAAUGUUUAGGGAACUUGAGUAAUUACAACAAUGGAGAAAUUGUUGAGAGCUAUGGUGAUCAAAUGGAGUUAAUUUCUAAAGGAAGCGAACGUUUAUAUUAUAAUGAAAUUAUUUAUCUUGUCUAUUUCAUAGACCUUUCGGCUAAUCGUUUAUCAGGAGAAAUACUAGAUAAUAUAACAAGCCUCUUAAGAUUGGUCAACAUGAAUUUAUUAAUGAAUCAUCUCACUGGAAGAAUUCCUAAAAAAAUGGGGAAUUUACACAUGUUAAAAACACUUGAUCUCCCAGUGAAUGAGCUUUAUGGUCCUAUCCCUGAAAGCUUGUCUUCUUUGACCUUCUUAAGUCACUUGAAUUUGUCAUUCAACAACUUGUCUGAAAAAAUUCCAAGUGAGAAUCAACUUCUAACACUUAAUGAUUCUUCUAUCUACGAAGGUAACUCUUUACUCUGUGGGCCUCCACUUUCAACCAAGUGUUCAGAGGAUGAAACUAAACCUAGAGUAACUUCAAAUGGUGGUAACAGAGUAGCCAACGAAAAUAGAAGGAAAAUUGAGUGCUUAUCAUUCUACAUUAGCAUGGCAGCUGGGUUUAUUGUUGGAUUUUGGGAAGUUUAUGGCACACUAAUUGUCAAAACAUCAUGGAGACAAGCUUACUUUCAAAGUUUUGAUAAUUUGAAAGAUAGGAUUGUUGUGUUCGUUAACGUCAAAAUUGUUCGCAUGCUAAAGAAGGUCAAGUCAGAGAGAUGUUGA